AUGGCCGCCUCUCUGAGGAGAUUGACCAACACAUCCUCCUUCGGCGUCUUACAGGACAAGCUCGAAAGCUGGCACAAAGACUACCAUGUUAUUUCCUGUGACCAGAAUCUAAACAGAUGUUGUGAGCUGAUUGAACUAACUGCCAAGAUCCAGGGCCAGCUGUUCGCCAUCCUCAACCUCACAGCUGCUGAAGGCGGACACUAUGCUGGAGUGGACACUCUCAAAAUGCGCCUGCUGCCGUGGCUUGGAACCUGUUUCUCAAUGGCGAGGCCCUCAGUCAGUGAUGACACCAGUCUACAGCUCAUCCAGGAUUCAGUGGAAAAGGACAGGAGGAUCAGGGAGCUGUCUGCCUCCCAUGAUAGCGACAUACAGAAGAUGGACACUGAGCUGUGCUCUGCUCGCCUGCAGUUGGACUCCGUUAGAGCAGAAUUGGCCGAUGCUCAGAAGGAACUGGAUGAGACAAAGAGCAAAUCAGCAACCACUCUGCUGGCAACUGAAGAUGAAAUAUUACAGCUGAAAGCAGAUCUGCGAUCUGCACGUGAACAGGUGGAGAUUUAUAAGAGGAAGAUGGAUGCUCUUGAUGAUUAUGAGCGUCAGAUUCGCUUGCUGAGAGAUGAAGUGUCCUACCUGAGCACAGAGAAGGCCAUGCUGCAGGAGAGGUUGGUGAGAAGUCGUUCUCCGAGUCCUUUGCCGAGGCUCAGUCGCUCUUCCAGCCCUUUGAGGAGCGAGUCACCCACCAGAGCUCAGCUCACUAACUCCUCCCGCCACGCACGCCUCGUAUCGCGCUUCAGUGACCUGUACGCUGUGGAGCGUCUGGAGGCCCAGACCCUGCUCAGACGCUACAUCACUGACUUAGAGAUGGUCCAGAAAAUCAUCUUCACUGCUGUCGUGGAAUCCUUUAAGACAGCAAAACUGGCUUACCGUCAGUUCAAGCUGCGUGUGAGAAAGACGUUGUCCCCAUCCCACUUCGGGCCAGAAAGUCUAGAGGACGCAGCUGUGGACUACAUCGUCAGAAACCUGGACCUCUAUGAUGUUCAGUCCAGCAUCAAUGAUGUUAUCAAUGCCAUGAAUGUGAACCCUCGGAUCUCCUUCCCGCCAGAGGUGGACUUUGCCCUCAUCAGUGCCUUGAUCAGGGACACGUGCAGGGUGGCCUUUGCCAUGCAGACACUGGAACCACCGCUUGACUUGGCCUUUUCCAGUGAUGGAGAGCUCUACGAUGACAGCAAGUACCGUCGCAGCUAUGAUUCCGAGUUCACCGCUCCUCUGGUCAUGCACCAUGUGUGGCCAGCCUUGGUGGAAGGAGAUUCUGUGGUGGUGAAGGGCGAGGCUGUGACCAGAAGAGGUGCUCUGUGGAGCAGAAGCCGGAGCAGGAAUGCCAGCCCUGUGCGCUCACGCUCUCUCAGCCCAACUCGCAGUCUUGCAUUUAACAGCAAGAGAAGCCUGUCUCCUGAACGCCUCACAGCUAGCCGCCUGUGAGCUCUGGCCUCUCUGUCAACACCUGUACGACAUAUCAGUGAA